AUCAGUCCCAUCUUUAGGUCGAAAUAAUUCAUCAAACACAACAGCGACUCUUUAUUUUGAAAAGACAGUCGGCUUCCUCCAGAGGGCGCACAUCCGUGAUGACGUCACGUUCGUGGUAACUUUCAAACAAGAGAAAAUAUGGCAGAAGCUAAAGUUGGGUUUGAGGUUCCGCCGGUAGAAUUUCCUAUGGACCCAGGUACGUUCUGGAACCCGCCGCAGGACGACGGGAGUCAGGGGAAGAAACUAGACCCGAUGGGCAGUCACCGAGAGCUGGAUGAGUCGCUGCUGCUGCUGGCUGACGUUGCUCUGGCGCCGCCUUGUGGCAGAGACGCGUCCUGCAAGUGCUUGGAGGUCAGGCAGGCAGAGUUGGGUCUGCAGUGCACCCAGCAGCAGCUGCAGGCCUUUCUGAAGAAAGUGGAGCACCUGCGUGACUGCCUCGUCAGCAGAAAGAGUCACAUGGACAAACAAACUCUCACCCCAGCCGUCCUAACCCUCCUGCGCACGUGCCAGCCUUUCUUCAGGCGCCUUGAAUCAACCGCUCGGAGCACCGCCUCCAAACCUUCUCACCUGAGUGCAGGUGUUUGUGCAAAGCUGUUGGACUUUUCUCAGCAGCUCUCUGACCGUUUGGAGCAGCUGCUGCUGACCUACGCCAGCUACGACAUCCUGUCUCUGGAGGAGGCCGACCCCAACAGCGUGUCGAGCUUCUGCAUCGGUCAGUUUCGGCUCAGACGCCUGAAGUUGACCAUUUUCCGUUUCUGUAAGCUCACGCCGUACCUGGCCCAAGUCGACACCGGGCUGUACAAACGCAUGCGCUGGAACGUGGAGCGUCUGACGGAUCAGGAUGGAGAUGGCGAGGAGCAUCAGGAGGACGGCGACCAUCAGACCGAAUAUUUCUUCCUUUGCUGCAAAGACCUUCCCCACAAGAGCGAUCAGGGCGUGGCCAGGGUGUGGUCCAUCGGCCAAUGGCUGCAGCUGGAUCCCGACCCCAGAGACGACAUUCACGAUUGGAUCCUGUGCGAGGUUCCUCAGGGAGACUACCAGGAGCUUCUGUGUUUUGGCUGCACUGAGCCGUCCAGCCGCAGUGCCACGGAUGUCCUGCAGCAGCUGCUGCUGCAGCGCUACACCGAAUAACCCAAAGAGGGCGCUGUGGAGAAUCCAGCUGGACUGUUGAGUUUUUCAUCUAAAUGACUUUGCAUGUUUUAGCAUUUCAAGUUGAAAGUUUUCCAGAGUUUGUUAUAAAAACAGAAGUCGUGUUAAUAAAAAAAAUAUUUUAUUGACUCAAAA